AAUGGAUUCAUGUGGAUGGCAAGGAGCGUGGAAGAUUGUUAAAUAACCUUGCUGAUUUAAUGGAACGUGAUAUCGAUGAAUUAGCUGCUCUUGAAGCUUUAAAUAAUGGUAAAGCUUUUACGAUAGCAAAGUCUAUGGAUCUUCCCUUUACAAUUGAUGUUUACAGAUAUUUUGCCGGAUGGUGUGACAAGAUCCAUGGCAAGGUUAUUGGAACCCAACACGAUAAAUUCUGUUACACUCGUCAUGAACCAAUUGGUGUUUGUGCUGCGAUUAUUCCUUGGAAUUUUCCACUUCUUAUGCAAUCUUGGAAAUUAGCUCCAGCUCUAGCAUGCGGUAAUACCAUAGUGCUUAAGACAUCUGAAUUAACUCCUUUGACUGCCCUAAAAGUUGGCGCCCUAUUUAAAGAAGCUGGUUUUCCAAAAGGUGUCGUGAAUAUUAUUUCCGGUUUCGGCCCUACAGCUGGUGCUGCUAUUGCUAAUCAUAUGAAAAUCGAUAAAGUCGCUUUCACAGGAUCGACAGCUGUAGGAAGAUCUAUAUUAAAAGCAUCCGCUGAAAGCAAUUUGAAAAAAGUUUCUUUGGAAUUAGGUGGAAAAUCGCCAAAUAUUAUAUUUGCAGAUUCUGACCUUGAAGAGGCUGUUAAAUGGUCACAUCAAGGAAUCUAUGCUAAUCAAGGUCAAUGCUGUUCUGCUGGUUCUCGUGUUUAUGUUGAAGAUUCUAUUUAUGAUAAUUUCCUUGAGAAAUUCAAAAAGCAUGCACAAAGCAUCAACAUUGGUGAUCCUUUUCAUAAAGAUACUUAUCAAG